CAAGAGAGGGGGAAGUUCUCAAACCACGUGACCGAUUUUAGCCCAUCUCGUGACCUGCUUCUAGUGUAACCUUCCCCGCUGGGAUGGGUUCAUGAACUGCCUUGACGGUGCUACGCCACUGAGAGGUCAAGCGCGGCCCUGCCUGAGCCAGGCUGGCCAGGCAAGGCACUGGCGAGGCCAGGGGAAGGCCACGGAGGCCACACCGGUCAUGGAGCCCCACAAACUAUCUAAUAGUGGAGUCAAACCCAGACCGCGGACUCGUCGCCCUCGUCGUCACUGGUCGUCACCGACCGCCGGUGGUUGCUGCCAGCAUGCCGCCAGUAGAGCCACCAACAAUGGCACCCGGUGCGGCACCACCGGAAUGUCCCCCUCUUGAAAUUCCAAAUUAGCGAAAUUAACUGUCUGACUGUGUAACCGCAGACUCAAAAGAAAAUGACAAGCACACUUCAACGAGGAAAAGAGACAAAAUUUACGAAGCAUCCACACCCAGACAGAGCGAAAGCGUGGGAAAGACAUUCGCCGCCCCUUGCCAAAUUUCUCUUCAAUUGAUGAAAACAACUACCGAACAUGGAUUGGGCACUGGAAGAGUAUGAGCAGUGCUGCAGGGGCCGAGGAGGACGCCGUGGUGGCGGUCGACGAGUGCGGCUUCCUGGUGCUGAGCGACCCGGGCCUGGAGGGCGCCUUCAACCUGCGAGUCCCGCCGCCCAAGUUCGACGAGACGGGGCUCUCGGCGUACAAAGAGCUGUGCCGCUCCAUGAAGCUCACGCCCAUCCACCGGUUUCUGCGUCAGCUCAACGAGGGGGUCGUCGACCUCAAGUUCUAUGGCGUGCGGUCCCGGACUCUGCGCGCCAUCGCGCAGGCCCUCAUGUACAACCCCACGGUGCACACGCUCGACCUCACGGGGAACUGGAUGAGCCCCGAGGCGGCGUACUACAUGGCGGAGCUGCUGUUGCGGGAGAACAUCGCGCUGCAGCACCUCAUCAUGAAGGGCUGCAACUUGAACCCGCGCGCCGCCGUUAUGCUGGCCGAGGGCGUGGAGCUCAACCACACGCUGCAGACCCUCGUCCUGGCCGACAACCACCUCGGCGACGACGGCGUCCUCUCGCUCCAGGAAGCGCUGGCGGUCAACGACAAGCUGCAGAUCCUGGACUUGAGCAACAACCACCUGGGCGCGGUGGCGGCCUCGUCCCUGGCCAAGGCGCUGCAGGAGAACCAGACGAUCGAGGUGCUGCGCCUGGCGGGCAACAACCUCUACGAGGACACGGCCAAGGGUCUACAGACUCUGCUCAGAGUGAUCCAGAAGCGGGAGAAGCCCAUCCAAGUGCUCGACCUGGCUUGGAACGCACUCAAUGUGCCAGCGGCAGUGCCUCUCAGAGUAUUCCUUGUCAGAAGCGCGGUUCAACAACUCUUCCUAAACAAUAACAGAUUUCCAGGUCCAGCAAUUGAUACAAUUAAAGUUGGUGUUGCCAAGAGCAAAACAUUGCAGCACCUCAAAAUAGGAUUCAACCCCAUGGAGCCCCAUAAUGCUCUAAAUCUCUUACAUGCUGCACAAGCGUCUAGCACUUUGCAGACAUUGGACCUUGAUGGUAUUCGAGUUCAUACUGACUUCAUCAAAGUUCAGAAACGGCUUGAAGAGUCACGGGGAAUGGAAAUAACUAUUGAAGGGACAUUAAGUGAUUAUGAAAUCAAGGGACCAAAUCUUAAGGAAAUGAUGCUUAAAAGGGCACGUUUUGAGGGUUUCAAGCCUAAAAGAAAAAAGAGGAAGAAGGACUUUGGGCACUUAUUACUCCAGCUGGCUGAAAAUGGCAUUGAAACUAUGUUACCAGAACAGUUCACUGAGGCAGCCAUGAAAAAGAAAAAAAUCAAAAUUCGUGAAGAACUGCUUCGAGCACUUUAUGAGGAAUUCAAAGCAAAGAAAUCAUGGGUGGAUGUGACCUCAAUGCUUGAGUGCUACAUGAAAUUAUUCCCAGACACAGUACUACCACCCCCAGUUCUGAAAAAGAAAAAGAGGAAAGGGAAAAAGAAGAAAAAGAAAUCCAAGAAAACAAAGUAGAAAUGUACUAAAAUUUUACAUUUUACUCUUGUAAUAAUAAAUUAGAUUAAAUGU